AUGUUACCAGCAACACAACGAAUUCGACUGCAAAGUGCCAUCUCAAGAUUAGUUUAUGGGGUUGUUUUGCUGGCCUUUUUAUUCAACCAACAUGCAAUAGCGGAAGCAGUGGAAGACAAGCCAUUUCAGAUUCUUUGUACUACGACGCGGCGAUACGUUAAAGUAGGAUCGUACAAAAUUCGCUGUCAUACCUUCAAACGUUUGGCCGAACACUUUGGCAAGAACGUUGAAGUCACAGUAGUUCCUCAAGAUCAAUUGUACCCUGAAUGGAAGGGUGAUAAUGCGGAACUCGUCGCCAAGAAGUUUGAUGCUACAGUUGUCAUCAAACGAGCAAUUCCACCGGAAGAAAGGUUUGGCAAGAUGUUUAUGGAUGUGGUGGAUUCCUACACCAUUACCCAUGAGAACCUUGAUCCUGCGUACGAUGCAAUUGUUCAGAGCAUUCAUCAUGGGAACGAUAUAUUUUCAAAUCGCACAUUCCAUGUGGUGGAGCAUUGGUACAAUAGUUUCCCUCAAGAUAUGAUGGCCAGUACAGAUCUUCCCGUGGUUCCUCUUCCACCUGUCCAUCCGGUCGAAGUAUUGAAAUUGGGAACCUUGUGGACCAACGAAGAUGAAGAAUGCGCCUAUUUGCAUUCUCCUUCUAUGCAAUACACUUGUAUCUCUGAAAAAUAUCGUAUUGAAUUGUGGUACCAAGACUAUUUCGAACCCAAAGAGAAACCACGUGUGGACGCUCUUUUGUCGGAUCCAGACCAAGGCACUGGUCGACUUUACUUUGAGCUCUUUUGGAAGUUUGAUGUCCUAGUUGUUCCAGCAAAGGCUGGCAACCCUGCCAAGCUGAGGUUUGGCAAUGUCCAACGUGCCGUCAGUCAGAUGCGGAGCGGUGUCCCCAUUUUGCUGGAGAUUUAUGGCGACAUUCUCGAAGAUUUCAUGGACGAAUACAAUUAUCCCUGUGCCUACGUUGUUCCAGGAAAGAACUACCAGGCUCGUCACGAGUACAUGACCUUUGAAAAGGCCGUCUUGCAAAUGAAGAAACCAGAUGUUCGAAGAGCAUGUCAAGAGGCUGGCAUUCGCAUUGCCAAGGAUUAUUCGCCCUUUCGGAUUGUCAAGAAGCAACUGGAGGGAAUGGGAUACAAGGGAGAAUUUAACUAUCCUAAAGGGACGACAAAAGACUAG